GCGCUGCCUCUGUCCGGGCGCCGCGCUCUCGCUGGGACGUCCUCUCCGGGGCCGGGUGCGGGCGGCGCGCUGGAUACCCCUUGCCGGGGGCGGUGCUGGAGGAAGGGACUCGGGACGUCCCUCGUCCCCGAGUCUCGGUCGCGCGUGGGGCCCGCGCCGGCCCCCUCCCAGCGGCUGCAGCUUGGCGGCUUCAUUCCCUCUCCCGGGAAGGGACUGUCUGGGCGUGGGGAGGGAGUCCUCGCAGUCCUUCGCCCACUUUGCAGUCUCGUGCUGCGGUUUCUCCGAGUUCGAGGCUCGUAGAGACCCGAGGGUGUGCGUCCUGGUCCUGCGUGGCAGGUGGGGGAAAGCAGCCCUAUAGUGUAAUAGAGGCCUGGUUAGUUCCGCGGAACGUUAGCAUUUACUGCUCAGGUGGAGAAGGAAGAGGAAAGGACCAAGAAGAUGGAAAAGGAGCAACUGGAGAGGAGGGUGGAAAACAGGAACUGGAGGUGCCCUGAAAAUAGAGGGCAUCGUGUUUCCGGAAGGAAGGAGUUCAACUUGAUUCGCCUCUGUAGGGGAGGGGAAUGAAAGCCCCUGGCAACCACUAAUCUACUUUGUGUCUAUGGAUUUUCCUAUUCUGGAUACUUCAUAGUAAUUCCUCUCCUGCAGUUACUUUUGGAUGGAAGUAUGCUCUUUUCCCAGUAGAAGAUGGUAAUCUUGGAGAAUGACCAUGGAGAAGGGGAUGAGUUCUGGAGAAGGACUACCUUCCAGAUCAUCUCAGGUUUCAGCUGUUAAAAUAACAGCUAAAGAGUUGGAAACAAAGCAGCCCCAUAAAGAGAAGCGAGGGGGCUUUGUGUUGGUGCAUGCAGGUGCAGGUUAUCAUUCUGAAUCCAAAGCCAAGGAAUAUAAACACGUAUGCAAACGAGCUUGUCAAAAGGCAAUUGAAAAGCUACAGGCUGGUGCCCUUGCAACAGAUGCAGUGACUGCAGCUCUGGUGGAACUUGAGGAUUCUCCUUUUACAAAUGCAGGAAUGGGAUCUAAUCUAAAUCUCUUGGGUGAAAUUGAGUGUGAUGCCAGCAUAAUGGAUGGAAAAUCCCUGAAUUUUGGAGCUGUUGGAGCACUGAGUGGAAUCAAGAACCCAGUCUCAGUUGCGAACAGACUCUUGUGUGAAGGGCAGAAGGGCAAGCUCUCAGCCGGCAGAAUUCCUCCCUGUUUUUUAGUUGGAGAAGGAGCCUACAGAUGGGCAGUAGAUCAUGGAAUACCCUCUUGCCCUCCUAACAUCAUGACCACAAGAUUCAGUUUAGCUGCAUUUAAAAGAAACAAGAGGAAACUAGAGCUGGCAGAAAGGGUGGAAACAGAUUUCAUUCAACUAAAGAAAAGAAGACAAUCAAGUGAAAAGGAGAAUGACUCAGGCACUUUGGACACGGUGGGCGCUGUGGUCGUGGACCACGAAGGGAACGUGGCUGCCGCCGUCUCCAGUGGAGGCUUGGCCUUGAAACAUCCAGGGAGAGUGGGGCAGGCUGCUCUUUAUGGAUGUGGCUGCUGGGCUGAAAAUACUGGAGCUCAUAAUCCCUACUCCACAGCUGUGAGUACCUCAGGAUGUGGAGAGCAUCUUGUGCGCACCAUACUGGCUAGAGAAUGUUCACACGCUUUACAAGCUGAAGAUGCCCACCAAGCUCUGCUGGAAACUAUGCAAAACAAGUUUAUCAGCUCACCUUUCCUGGCCAGCGAAGACGGCGUGCUCGGAGGAGUGAUUGUCCUCCGAUCCUGCAGAUGUUCUGCAGAGCCUAACUCCUCCCAAAAUAAGCAGACGCUUCUGGUGGAAUUUCUGUGGAGCCACACGACGGAGAGCAUGUGUGUUGGAUAUAUGUCAGCCCAGGAUGGGAAGGCCAAGACUCACAUUUCCAGACUCCCUCCCGGUGCGGUAGCCGGACAGUCCGUGGCGAUUGAAGGUGGGGUCUGCCGCCUGGAGAGCCCAGUGAGCUGAAUCUUCAGGCUGAACACAGAGCAUCUGAGCGGCAUUUCAGAACCCGAGCUUCGCAGGGUUUUAACCGAAGUUGGAUGUUUUAUCUCCCUCGUUUUAUAAUUCCUGUCGCAGCCUCGUGCAUCGCUUGCGACACUAGUGCUGCUGUAGUUAGCGCUUGGUGACACGCGCGUCUUGGGCAGAUGAGCGGGACUCUGUGUGUGCGUGUGUGCGUGCGUGUGCGUGUGUGUGCGUGCCCGUGCGCACGCGCAGUGUGUAUGCUUGCUUCUCCUUCGAUGAAAUAGAAACUCCUCCUUAUUGUGUAACCUCAGACCAGGAAUGAUUAAAUCAUCUUCCCAAAAUGUGUGCUUUAAUUGUUUACAAGUAAAACCUAAAGUUGCAGGAAACAUUGUUGAUUUCACAAAGAGGUACCAACUGUCUUUGAUAUAAUGUGUCGGAACUGCAGAGUAAAUCUGCUUGUUGAAAUGACUGACAGUGGUCAUGCUCCAUUUGAUAACAGUGCUAGUAACAAAGUGUUUUUAUUUGUUAGCCAGUUUAAGUGGAUCCUAUGGUAACUUAAACUGUUGUUCUCAUCCCUCAUAUGGGGCAUUUUUCUUUAACAAAGAAUGGUUUCAGUGAAACAAUCUAGCAGAGAAUUAAGGUCAGAACCUUUUUAAGUAAUAGUCUUAUUGAUAAAGUUUGUACUUCUUUCCUCAAGCUUUUCUAAGCUUAAAUACUACAUAGCUUCGAGCUGUGUGUACUAUAUUAUGAAAGAAUAUGUAAAGAGAACAUACAGUAAUGCACAGUCCUUAAUUUGUGUAUAAUGGAAUGUUAUUUACAAUGUAACACUGUAAAUAAGAAAGCAAAAUUUAUGGGAAAAUUCAAUAUUAUCUUUGUUUCUUGUUUAAAUAUAUUUUUAAGAUAAAGGCACAAAAAUAAAAGAAACAUAUUACUGGGUAUAGUGUGUGACUCCUCUUCUCAGACUAAUAAAUUAUCUUUUGAAUCGUA